AUGGGGGACGACAAAGCAGUUAACUGGGAAGAGAGGUUCGGGGCUUUGGAAAAAGAGAUGAGUAACAUGCGUGGUAAAGAAGUAGUCGUCCAGAGUAUAUACGAUCUUUGCUUGGAACAACGUACCUUUGCUCAUUCAUUGCUUCCAGGACAGUUUGACCGGUCCUGCACAUACUUGGUUUUGGGAUUGAAGGGCAUUACUACGUUUGAAAAAUUGGUUGACGCUUUCAUGCAACAAUACAAAUACAACACGUAUCUGGCGCCUAGUCGCAAAGAGUUGCAGUCCUUGACCCAGAAGGACAAAGAAUCAUUCAAAGAGUAUGCACAACGCUUCAUCCAGAAGGCCUCCCAGAUUCGUCCGCCCUUGGAUGAAAGGGAAUUAUCCGAGAUGUUCUAUGAGACUCUGAGCCCUUGUUAUUCAGAGAAAAUGAUUGUUUGUGCAUCACAGAAAUUCACCGACCUGGUAGAGACGGGGAUACGUAUUGAGGAUUGGGCUCGUAAGGGAGCAGGUUCUUCAGGUGGUUCUGCAGGAAGUUCGUCUAAUGGUAACAAGAAGUUUGGUAAUGGUUACUCAAAGAGGAAUGCUCAAGAAGUCGGCAUGGUGGCCCAUGGAGGAUCUCAGCUUGUGUACCCUAAUCAUCCUUAUGUUGCUAACAUUACCCCACAAAUGACCGCUCCCCAGAAUCCAAAUUAUCAACCACCAAGACCUCAAGGACCUUCACCAUACUAUCCACCACUAUAUCAACUACCAUACAACCCACAGCAAUUCCCUCAACAACCAUAUUACCCCCAACAACCAUACCAACAAAGGCCACAAUACCCACCACAACAACAACCCCGUCCUCAAGCUCCCUACAAUCAGCAGAAUCAAAAACAACAAUUUGAUCCCAUACCAAUGACUUAUGGAGCAUUACUGCCUUCCUUGCUCGCGCAAAACCUGGUUCACACACUACCACCCCCUCGCAUUCCAGAUCCUCUCCCACGCUGGUACCGUCCUGAACUUCAUUGUGUUUAUCAUCAAGGGGCAGCAGGUCACGAUGUGGAACGUUGUUAUGCCCUCAAGAAAGAGGUCCAAAAACUGCUCAAUAGCAAAGAGUUAACUUUCACCGACCCUGAUCAUGUUGCCCAGAACAAUCCUCUGCCUCCCCAUGGGCCUGUUAAUAUGAUUCAAUACUGUCAGGAAGAUGCCUGCAUUCUCUACGCAUGUGACAUCAAGACCCCUUUGGUACCGAUACAUGUGAAAAUGUGUGAAGUAACUCUCUUCAGUCACGAUCACGAGGCUUGUGAUGUGUGUUCCGUGGAUCCUCGUGGUUGCAUGCAAGUCCAAAAUGAUGUGCAAGGUCUCCUAGAUAAAAAGGAACUUGUGGUUACAAACGAAAUCAAGAGCAAAAGUGGUUGUGUUGUCACCCCGGUAUUCAGAGCUAGGAGGCCGCUUGUGAUAAACCCUAACAGUGCAAAGCCCGCUGGCACUCCUCUGGUAAUCUGUGUCCCUAGGCAUGUACCUCCUUCCUCUCAGAAAGCCGUAUCUUACAAAUAUGAAGGCACAAUUCUAGAACCCGGAAGUGAAACGACCUCAUCCUCUGUUAUGGACAAUAUUGCCGAGAGUAGUCAGAUUUUGAGAAGCGGCCGCGUUCUUCCUGCUGUGGUUCAGAAAAGCACUAGUAUUCCGGUCGAAGAAACAGUAAAGGAGCAGAACACAGGUAAAGGUAGAGUUGGAGAGCAUCCCAAAGAGGUUGACUAUGAGGGUGCUGAUGAAAUCUUAAAGCUGAUCAAGAGGAGUGAAUACAGGGUUGUGGACCAAUUGUUACAAACCCCUGCAAAGAUUUCCAUUAUGUCUCUGUUAUCAAGCUCUGGUGCUCAUCGAGAUGCCCUGAAGAAAGUACUAGACCAGGCUUUUGUGGAUUAUGAUGUGACUUUGGGCCAGUUUGAAAGUAUUGUGGGGAAUGUGACCGCAUGUAACAGUCUGAGUUUCAGUGAUGAAGACCUCCCAGCGGAGGGGAAGAAGCACAAUCAGGCAUUACUCAUCUCUGUACUUUGCAGAACAGACUCCUUAUCCAAUGUUCUGAUAGACACCGGCUCUGCUCUUAAUGUGAUGCCCAAAUCAACCCUUGACCAAUUGACAUAUUCCGAGGCUCUCUUGAGGCCCAGUAAGGUGACGGUGAGGGCAUUUGAUGGGACCAGAAGAUCAGUAUAUGGUGAGAUAGAUUUGCCCAUCUCAGUCGGCCCACAUGAGUUUCAGGUUACUUUUCAAGUCAUGGAGAUCCAGGCUUCUUUCAGCUGUUUGCUUGGCAGACCAUGGAUUCAUGACGCUGGGGCAGUGACAUCCACUCUCCACCAGAAGCUGAAGUUUGUAAGCCAUGGAAAGCUCAUUACUGUGAGUGGUGAGUCAACCUUUUUGAUCAGCAAUUUGUCUGCUUUCUCUGUUAUUGGUGGUAGUAGUUCAGAUGGGUCAUCAUUCCAAGGGUUCUCUGCUGAAGGAAGUGAAGGCAAAACUGAAGGUUGGGGUCAGCUAGUGGAGUUACCAGAGAACAAGCGCAAGGAAGGGAUUAGUUUUCUUAACAGAAGGUCUGGGAUGUUUGACCCUACCGAAGGCUCUUUCCGCAGUGCUGGAUUCAUCCACGAUUCGCCAAAGAUCAAUGCAAUUACCGAUGAUGCGCCUGGAGGAGUGGCACCUGUCUUUGUAACACCUGGAGGAGCAUGCUGCAACUGGAUUGCUGUGGACAUUCCUUCUGUGAUACCCCGUUCUAAACUGGACAUAAGCGAGCCCGUUGAACACAGUAACCCCAUGCUUCCUCCCAACUUUGAGGUCCCGGUUUACGAGGCUAUAGUAGAGGAGGAUGAGGAGAUUCCUGAUGAGAUCAGAUGGAUGUUGGAACAAGAAAGAAAGACAAUUCAACCUCAUCAAGAAGAGAUAGAAAUCAUCAAUCUGGGUACUGAGGAAGACAAAAAAGAGAUCAAGAUUGGGGCAUUGUUGGAGGUAUCUGUCAAGAAGAGGAUAAUUGAGCUUCUCAGAGAGUAUAAUGAAAUAUUUGCAUGGUCAUACAAGGACAUGCCGGGUCUAGAUCCUGAUGUUGUGGAACACAGACUGCCUUUGAAGUCUGACUGUCCUCCAGUAAAGCAGAAAUUGAGAAGAUCUCAUCCCGAUAUGGCCCUCAAAAUCAAAGAGGAAGUGCGAAAGCAUAUUGAUGCAGGUUUCCUAGUCACAUCAGAGUAUCCUCAAUGGUUGGCCAACAUAGUGCCCGUUCCAAAGAAAGAUGGCAAAGUCAGAAUGUGUGUUGAUUAUCGGGACUUGAACAAGGCUAGUCCAAAGGAUAAUUUCCCUUUACCUCACAUUGAUGUAUUGGUUGAUAACACCGCUAAGUGCAAGGUUUUCUCCUUCAUGGACUGUUUCUCCGGCUACAAUCAGAUCAGGAUGGCUCCUGAGGAUAGAGAAAAGACAUCUGGUAAACUCCUAGGCUUUAUCGUUAGUCAAAAGGGUAUUGAAGUUGAUCCCGACAAGGUCAGAGCCAUCAGAGAAAUGCCUGUUCCAAAGACAGAGAAGCAAGUCAGAGGUUUUCUUGGUAGACUUAAUUAUAUCUCCAGAUUUAUCUCUCACAUGACUGCCACAUGUGGACCAAUUUUCAAGUUACUCCGCAAGGAUCAAGGGGUGAAGUGGAAUGUUGAUUGUCAGAAGGCUUUUGAUCAAAUCAAAGAAUAUCUGUUAGAACCUCCAAUUCUUGUUCCUCCAGUUGAUGGAAGACCUUUGAUCAUGUAUUUAACAGUAUUGGGAGAUUCCAUGGGCUGUGUGUUAGGUUAA